AUAUUUCUAAUUUUCGUAUUUUCCUUAUAUCUACGUCUUACUUUAUUAAAUAAAUGAAUGAUCCCCACCUAUUGCUAUAAACGACAUACUUAAUUACGAUAAUUAUUAUUGUCAUAUUGUGUUGUUUUGGAUAUUAUAAAUUAUACCACAACCGUCUCAUAAAUAUUGCCAAUAUUAUUCUUUAAAGCAAUAUUGACUUCAUUUUAUUUUCUUACAUUCUGUGUGACGAAUUUCGCUUUGCUAAUCGUGUGUACGAAAACAGUUAAAAAGUAAACAGUAACGGGCCACCGUUACAUUUAUCCUCAAAACAUUAUUAUGCCUCAUGAUUUGAAAGGUCUGGGUGUGAGGAAAGCAAUAAUGGCUCCCUUAUCCCCAACGCCGUGUGCAGAGAUCAGUGAUGAUGAAUUGGUAUCAAUCUCAGUACGGGAUCUAAACAGACAACUGAAAAUGAGAGGGCUUACUCGAGAUCAAAUAGUCAGAAUGAAGCAGCGUCGGCGCACUCUUAAAAAUCGGGGAUACGCCGCCUCGUGUCGCAUCAAACGAAUAGAACAGAAAGAUGAACUGGAAACAGAGAAAAGUCAGGAAUGGCACGACAUGGAAACUAUGCAAGAGGAAAAUACGAGAAUUCGCGACGAGAUUGAAGCCUUAAGGAGCAAGUACGAAGCCCUAAAACGUUUCGCCCACAUGAAGAGCAUCCCUCUACCGGCUGAACUGGACACGUUACCUUGAUCGAAAUGUAAUAAUAUUUAUAUAGGCUACUGGGUUAAGGAAUAAAUUAUAUUAAUACUA